GUGGGAAAUGUGCGGCGGCGCCUCCCCAUCCGCCGAGCCAGUGUUUGGUCGCGGCUGGAAGGGUGUCCGCCGCCGCUGCCCCUUUUCCUCGCUUCUGAGAGGCAUUGGUAAAAGGUAGAUCUCCUCUGCCAUGGUAAAGUUUGCUGAGGCUGAGAAACGAGGUCGAGGGGGGGAGGGAGGUGACCGACGGUACCCCCCAGUGGUGUUGCUUGAGAGACCAAAGAUGAGCCGUGCAAUGUGGGAGUCCCUGAAGGCUCACAUCAUUAGAGACCGCAAGAGGAAGAAAGAAGAACAAGAAGCAGAUGCAGAAGAAGAGAGACUCCGCAAAGAGCGUGAGAACAGAAAAAAGCAGCAUGCCAUGACGCUGGAAGAGACCAGAGACACAAUUGUGAAGAUGGAGCAAGGUCUUACUGACUUGAAGAACCAAAAGCACCAGCUGUUUCAGGAUCUGAAAGUCGUCUUGAAUGAGGAUGCAACCAGAAAGCGUGCUCAGCAACAACAGAAUUAUCUAAAAGAAAGCGAGAUGAUGGUACCCCCCUACCCCCAUGGAAUUCCGAUGACUGGCCAUCCUCAGAUGUUGUUCCAAUCCAACCUUGUGCCUGGCCGAAGCACAUUGCCGCUCCAUCCAUACAAAGUACCGCAGCCACAACCUCAACCGCUCAUUCCACCUGGUUCUAUGAAGAGAUCACGCACACCAUCUCCUCCUCCACAACCAGGCUACCAACAGAUCCCCUACAACUUCAAGAACCUUUCUGGACAUCCCCCACCAAGUGUACCUGUCUCUCUGCCCACAACCAAUAACCAGUUCUUCUAA